AUGUCCGCAUACUGUAGCCUCGCCAUCGACGCUUAUUCUAACCCUCACGAUCAGCUGUUCCGUGUCUUGGGCGACAUUUCCCACUUCCUCUCGAAAUGCAUCCUCAUCUAUGCCAUCCACCGCAACUCCAGCACCGAGGGCGUGUCCCUUAUCACUCAAGGCCUCUACUGCCUCGUCUUCAUAACCCGAUACCUUGAUCUAUUUAUGGGCAGCUCGUUAUGGAACCUUAUGUUCAAGAUCUUCUAUAUCCUGAGCUCCCUAUACAUUCUUUUCUUGAUGCUGCGUGUGUAUGCGCGGACACGGGAAAGGGAGAAGGCGUGGCAACUUGGAGGAGUAUCGUUUGUGGGAAGCGCUGUUCUUGCUCCAUUUGUCAUGUUAAUUUUCAGAUCUAAGGAGGAAUGGGGGUUCAUGGAGGUUUGCUGGACAUUCUCCAUAAUCCUCGAAUCCACCUGCAUCCUCCCACAACUCCUCUUACUCCGACAAACAACAGUACCGACCGUUAUCGAUUCCUUCUACCUCAUAAUGCUUGGCUCCUACCGUGGUUUCUAUAUCCUGAACUGGAUAUACCGCGAAUUCGACGACAGUCCCCGGAAACCUGAUGCGCCAUCCAUCAUUUUCGGUGUCAUUCAGACAGCAUUCUAUGUUGACUUCUUCUGGGUGUACUACACGCGACAGCGCGUGAAGCUCCGACAUGGCGGAUUAGUCGAUGCGGAUGAUAUGCGUAGAGGCUGGUUGCUGCGGACUGUGUUUGGAAAUAAGACGAUUGUAGGAAAUAUCGGCGAAGACGAUCAUGCACCGGCUCUAGGGGAUGAGGAGAAUGGGCAUGCUAGAACUGAUAAUGGUCCGAGGUCUAAGAACUCGAAGUGGGGUUCGAGAGGGAUCAGCGUUUCUGCUGACGAGGGCGUGCUGGACGAGAACAGUGAGAGAAGAGUGGAUCCAUUUACUGGGCAGGAGGAAGGGAUUAUAGAUACGGCGGAGGAUUUUGAGCCGGAUGCUAAGAUGAAGGAUCCGGAUGAGCUGGCGAAGAUUUUGGAUGAUGAUGAGGAUGAUAGUGAUGAUGGGGUUUUGCCUGGUGAGGGUUCGGCGGCGGUGGGGAAUGGCUCGGAAUGGAGAGAUGGUAGUAGUAAGUAG